GGUCCCUGCGAGCCCGUUCAGUUUGUAUUGAUGGCGGUCGUCGUAUAGGUGUGCCUGGGCUUCCCCUGGCUCUCUGGCCCUGCCUCUCUGGCCCUCACAGAUAUGGUUAGUGAAACAGAGGUCCGGCGAUCGGGCCGUCGAACUGUCCGACCAGUUGAGUUUUGGAAUUUUGAAAAACCAGAUGAAUCAAGAAGUGAAACGAUUAUAUAUAACUUGAACGACUUAAGCAAAUGCUCUAUCUACAAUGUUAUGUCUACAAAGUACAUCCAUGGGAACAAAAGUGUGCCUGUAGAAAAUAAGAAAACUGAAACAACUAGAAGUUUAAAAAAGCGUGCAACUGUUCAAGAUGGCCAAGAAAGGCAGAGCAGGACAUUGCAGGCCACUUCCAACAAUGCAAAUUCAAAUAAACACAAGACAAAGUCUAAGAAAAUUGUGGGCAAAAAUGACAUGACCAAGGCCACAGAAAAUAAAGAUGUGUCGGUAAUAAGCAAAGUGUCAAAAAGUAGUAAAGAGAUAAAUGAGACAGAAGUACCUCAAGAACACCCCCCAAAAUUAAUGAUCAAAAAACAUAACGAGCAAGAGAAUGGUUCAUCUGUGAUGUCCACAAUUAAGUCAGAUUGGUUACCUUACAAAUCCAGUGACAAGAAGAAAAUUCAGAUGCUACCUGUAGCAUCACUUACUCCAGAAAAUAGCAGCAUUAAUGCAUCCCAGAGCCAGAUGAAGUUUGAUCAACCCAGUUUCCAAAACAUACUCUCUAGUACAGUUAAUGAUAACAGUUUUACAUCCAAAUUGAGGAACUACAAACAAGUACCUUUGCAUAAAUCGAGCAGAGUUGGUAACACAGACAAUGGCAUUUUUAAGAUACCAAGCCUUCUGCCUUACAGACGUCUUAAGAAAAGUAGUAUGACUAGUCAGCUAAGCAUCUACUCAAUUCCUGAGGAAUGUGAGACUGAUUUAAGUCAGGAAACUGUGUCACUGGUAACCACAAGAAAUGAAUUUCCAUCACAAACUUGCCAAACUAAUACCACAUUGCAGAAAAAUCCACCAAGCCAAAUGAUUUUGAAGCCUGCAAGACUGCCAACUGUUAGAGGCCGCCGCAAACAUUGUGAUAAACAGUCCAAGGAGACCAGUGAUCCUGGUCGUAGUGUUGUUUUGUUGAGUAACACAGAGGCAUCAACAGACAAUAAUGACACUGUAUCAAUUAGACGCUCGGGAAGAGUGCGAACAAAGCCCCUGGAAUUUUGGAACUUUGAAAAGAUUGAAGUGAGAGCUUUAGAAAAUGGUGAAGUAGAUGUCAUUCAUCACAAGCAAGAACUUCCCGUUAUAAGAAAGAAGAAGGAUAAAGAAUCUCAAACCUCCCAACAUCCAGCUGUAAAUUCUAACAGACAUAAAGCUUGUGUUCGCAAGUCACCCCAGAGGCUUUUUACAGAGUCUUCAGUGUCUAAAAGAAAACUUUUUUCCCCAAUCUCCAAUAGUCUUGAUGAGACAGCAAAUGCCGAAGACAGUAAACCAUUAAAGCGAAUGAGGAGGAGUUUAGAGACAAAGGAGGAAAGCCCAGUCCCACCAACAAUAAAGGUGACACAGUUUAAGGACUUGAACUUUAUCGAGACAGUAUCGAAACGCUGUAGGUGUUAUCUUGCCCGGUGCUUCCAAGACGAGGAGUUUGAUACCUAUGCAGGAUUUGCCUUUGUGGAAUGGGGUCAGCUAGUGUGGGUCACUACAAGGGAAACGAAACUGUUUGUGAUUGAAGGACUUGGCACUUUGAAGAUGACCGAUGCAACGGCAAAAGGAAAGAUUGUUUAUCUAGAGACUAGAACAGAAGUCGCCAUAACAAGUGGUAAAAAGGUAUCAGUAGUUAAAGACGGGAAAUGCAAGAUGUUGAAGCUCUUCAUUUAUUUAGGAUCUACAACGACGACAUCAUCCAGCAGUGACAUGAUGAGUGUUCCAAUACAGAGAUGUAGUUAAUCACCGGGGUAGUUGAAGGAUCAUUCAACAGUUAAUCCUCAUUUAAUCACUAAUAAAAAUUUAAAUUGUAUUAUAUGCUGGGUUUGUGAUCGAUUUUCUUGUUAUUCUUUUUCUGGCCAACCCUUUUUCAUCCAAUCCAAAUCAUUACAGUAAUUUGAAAUAAUAUCCGAUAUUCUCAUAAUAUACCGGGUAUAGUAUUUAGAAUUGUAUGUAUUAUUCUUGUAUUGUCUCUACAUACCUGAAGGAGGUUUCUAAGGAUUAACUUCAUGCUUAAGAUGUGCCUUAUUUUAUUUGCUGAAUAGCAAAACACUGCAUAUGCCAGUGUGUUUGGUAGUCUCUGAAAACUAAUUUUAUACUAUAAUAAGUACUCUUUCUUUCCAGAAGAUAUCGUCUUAGCAAUUUUAGUAUUGAUUGAAUUUGCAAUCUCGGGAGGUUUCUCACUUUAUUCUCAAUUGUAGUGUACCAAUUUUUUUAACUUUUUUUUUU